UGUUUAAUUAGAUAAUUAAAGAUGUCUGCUGCUAGUAAAAGUGGACAGCGACCAUACGCAGCGUUGUUAGAUAACGUAUCGUUACUGACUACUGGAGGGUCGACGUUUCAGCAGCAACCAACCACUCAAGUUGAAAAACAGAAGCAAAAUGACGUCAUAUUCGGUACGUCGACACCCGCGCGAGCUCAUUAUGACGGUAUAAUGGCCGGGUUCGAUUUAUCACCAGUGCAUAGCCACGAACGAUCGUUGUUGGGAAAAAGUUCAGAAAAUAAAAAUAAAUCGACGAAAUCGAAUCGUUCCAGUGUUGCCAGUCCAAGAAAAAGCUCCAAAAGUUAUUCCCAUAUUAAAAGUUCAGGGUACGGCGUUACGCCGAUCCGACAAAAAGCAAAAAUUAAAAAGAGCGAAAAGAAAUCCAGGCAAAGAUCUUCUAGUUCCGGUUCAGCGCCCAAACCUCGUGGUAGGUCGCCGAAGAAAUCCGCAGAACGUAAAGAUGACAUCACACGUGAUGAUGUCACACAUGGUGAUGUCAUAUGUGAUGAUGUUACACACAAUGACAUCACACAUGAUGAUGUCAUAGAUGAAACAAACCACCGUACUGAGGUCACAGAUGACGGUCAGUUCCUUGAAUUAAACGAUGAAAUAUCAAGAUUAAAAUCAAGAAAUGAUGAAAUUAAUCAAGAAAAUUUCAAACUGACGGCAAAAUUAAACCGUUUGUUGUCACACAAUGCCAAUAAUGACACGGCGGAAGAAAACAAAGAAACUCAAGAUUCCGUUAUUGGGGAUUUGCAGAAAGAAGUUUUGGAACAAGAGCGAUUGUUGAAAGGGUACCAGCAGGAAAAUGAGAAACUGUAUUCUGAUAUCUCCAAGUUAAAGACUGAAAUGAAGCAGUCCAAGUCUGCAAUGUAUGAGGAGAAUUUGAGGUUGAAAACACAAGUUGCGAUUUUGGACGAAGAAAUGAAAAACAAGAAUCUGGUUUUGAAAGAAAAAGAAAAAAUUGAGAUCAAGAAACCUGAAGUUUGUGGGGAUUGUUCGAGAUAUUUGGAUGAGAUUGAAAGUUUGAAGGAAAAAGUUGGAAUCGGCGUCGAAAGGGUGAAACAACUUGAAAUGGAGUGUGAGGGGUGUAGGGUGGAGAACGAGGAAAUACGGGGUGAAGUUUUGGGGUUAAAGAGACAACUGGAUGAUACAGCGGUGAUGGGGAAGACGUUCCCUAAGGAUCGGAGGUUGGAGGAGCUGGAGGCAUCGAUGCGGAUCAAUGAGGAGGAGAGGGAGAAGAGUGAGAGCGAAGUGAAGAUGCUAAGGGAGUGGGUUAAGAGGUUGGAACAGCAAGUUGGGGAGGAGGAGCAAGCAAAAGUACGGAGCGUUCAAAUGUUGCGAGGGAAGUUUAAUAAGAUGAAGAUUGAGUACCAGGAGCGCGUGGAGCAGCUCUCGCAUCAGUUGAUGAUCAUCAAGUCUUCCAGGAGGGAGGAUUACGAUGUGGAGUUCGAGUUGAAACAUCUUCGCGAGGAAAACCGAGCUUUGAAAAUAAAAAUAAAAGAGAAACAUAAUGGAAGUGAUUAUCAUCCCGAGUAUUUUGCUCAAAAUCAACAACAACAAACUAAUCAACAAAAUAAACCGGAAAUUCAACAAACUCAACAAAUUCAUCAAAAUGUUCAACAAAUUCAGCAAAAUUCUAAAGACACAGAAAAGUUUAAAUGUGAAAUUGAAACUUUGAAGCAAAAGGUUUAUGAAACAUCGCAACAAUCGGAUGAAAUGAGAUGCAGGUUUGAAAAGACAAUGGCAACAAUGAAAGACAAUUAUGACAUCACAAUAAAAGAACAAGAGAAAAAAUCUGAAAAUCUCGAAAAAAAAUUAAUGGAGGUACAAUCAAGACUUAUGACAUCACAAUCAGAAUGUGCCAUCAGCCGAACAAGAGAAGUUGCGCUUCAGAAACAAAUUGGGAACUUAUUAUCGGAGCUACAGGAAACAAGACUGGGGACGCCCAAUGCUCCCAUGCGCAGAAUUGAGAAUCUAAACCAACAAAUUCAACUUCUGCAUUUCAAACAACGAGAUCGGGAAAAUAUGAUCAAAAAAAUAACUGGAAACACUGGAAGCAAUGAGGAUGUGGAAACACUGCAAGCGGUUAUCGCCGAUAAGAACUUGUUGCUUGCGAAGUUUCGGACGGAACUUGAUUUAAUUUUAGGUGGAUUGGAAAAGAUUAAAACUAAGGGUGUUUUGGGGAACGCUUGAUAUUUGGUUAGGAUUUACUGUUGUUUUAUAAAAAUUUAGUGAAAAAUUGAGUGACAUUGUUAAAAUACAGUUACACUCAUAGUUGUCAAACAUAGGGAACCUCAUUGAUUAAUGUAGUGAAUGCAAUAUACUUUGGCUCUGCUUGUUUGUAUAGACACCUAACAGCAGGGUAAAAUAUGUUUUAAGUUUAAAAAUUUUGUGCGAAAACAUAUGAUGUCACCCCUGUUUCUCUUUGUUCAAGUUUUACUACUCCGUCAUUUUAUUAUUUUCUCUCUUUUUCAUAUUCAAAGAUCCUAUUGUUGUGCUUACUAUGAUGUCAUAAUAUGAACAAUCGAUAUUGUUUAUUGGAUAAUAGUUUACAUUAUAUUAAUUAUGAUGUCAUAAAGUGCACUGUUGUAUCAUUUUACAUGAUUUCUAUUAUUCAUAGUAUAUAUAUAUUUUAUAUUUUGUA